AGAGCCGGGCUGCAUCAUGGCCUACUGCCAGCAGGAAGGGAAGGAUCGAAUCAUAUUUGUGACCAAAGAAGACCAUGAGACUCCAAGCAACACAGAGCUGGUGGCCGAUGACCCCAAUGAUCCAUACGAGGAGCAUGGACUGAUCCUGCCAAACGGAGACAUCAACUGGAACUGCCCGUGCCUUGGGGGGAUGGCCAGUGGCCCGUGCGGGGAACAGUUUAAGGCGGCCUUUUCCUGCUUCCACUACAGCAAGGAGGAUGUCAAGGGGUCGGACUGUGUGAACCAGUUCUGGGCCAUGCAGGAGUGCAUGCAGAAGUACCCAGACCUGUACCCCCAGGAGGAGGAGGAGGAGCAGCCAGCAGACCCCUUACAGGAAGCUGCCUCCGAGGCCAGCACAACCAAAGAGGCGGCGGCGUAGAGCUAAUGAAGGCCGGGGCCCUGGGCUCCAGCCGCCUUCAGAGCCCAGGCGAACCUCUCCAAGAAAGUGUCUUUUCCCUCCGUUGUUCUGUGCACUGUAAUGUACAAAAUAAGUUAUUGUGCUGAUCGGGGGUCUUGGCCCCUUGCCGUAUUUACAGUGAAAAAUGGGGUUGUGUAUAUGUGUGUCUCACACGAACCUGUCGGUGAACGUAGCUGCCACUUUUGAGUUCACAGAUUGUCCUGAAUUUUGCCACUUGGAAAUAACGUGCUGAAUCAUCUCAGCAACCAGAAAUCUGUAUCUGGGGGGGACUCUUGUGAGUGAGCUGAUUUGUUUUGAUUCUUUUGUGUUCCUUUUAGUAGAUUUUAUACCCAGUUGGAAAGUGAAAUAGAAACAAAACGUUUUCCCUUACAAAUGCUGGGGUGCGGCCAUUCCUCGUAAGCAGAGAUGAGAUGAUCAGGCCUGGAGAAUUUGAGGAGGCGCUAUGCUUCAUUUCCGGUUCCUUCUGGUUUCCAGUUUUGCCUUGAGCUCCAGGUUUUCUGUGGUUAGAAAGCAGAGCUUUGGACCCUCUGAGUGAAUCCCUUUGUAAGUGAAAAGAAAGGCUGA